AUGCCCAACAUCAAAGACCUCCUUCGCAAGUCCAAGUUAGGCCCCGAAGAUGGCACCACCCCUGCUACCAUCCUCUCCCCCGUCGAAGAAGAACUCACUAUUCUCUCCGACAUCUGUCAAGAGCUUACCAAGUCCCUCUCCGCACCCCCCUCGAGCGAGCAGACUCUCGGCGUGGACGAGGAGCAGCACCGCUUCCUGGAGGAGAUGUUCAAUAAAGGUGUUUCCAGUCGCAAUAAGAUUCACCAUAUGAUCGCGGAGGGAGACAUCAGCAGGGCAGUGGUGAGGCGGUAUGAGGAAGAGAAGAGGGAGUUUAAUUAUCUACUCCACGCAUACAGACAGGGUAAGACAACGAAGGUGGAGGUGCCGAAGGUGGAGGAGAAGGCAGAGCCAGAGGCAAAUAGUUUGUUAAAGAGGGCGGGGGAUAGGUUGAGAAAGAUGAAGGGCUCCAAGGGGGCUGAUGGAGAGGUCUAG